CCCCAAAUUGAGCCGCCGCGGCUAUGUUUUCUCAGGCGACGCCAGAUUCAUAGAAAAACACCUCCGGUAGAUCGAAUCGCUGAAUCAUGUCCCGAAAUUUCUACACUGAAUCAAAAACGACGACACAAUCAUGGUUUCUCGAUGAAGAAGAGCUACAAAGACUUUGAAUUUUUGUAAACAAGAAGAAUGGAUUCAUCUUCAACGAAAUCGAAGAUCUCGCAAUCACGUAAGACGAACAACAAGUCAAACAAGAAGCACGAAUCAAAUGGGAAACAGCUUAGCAAGAAACAACAGCAACAACAACAGCAACAUGAAGAAGAUGGUGGGUGUUUGAGAUCAUCAUGGAUCUGCAAGAAUGCAUCUUGCAGAGCUAAUGUGCCUAAAGAUGAUUCCUUUUGCAAGAGGUGUUCUUGUUGUGUGUGCCAUAAUUUCGAUGAAAACAAGGAUCCUAGUCUUUGGUUUGUUUGUGAAGCUGAGAAACCUGAUGAUUUUGAGUUCUGUGGCUUGUCGUGUCACAUUGAGUGUGCUUUUAGAGAAAAAAAGGUUGGAGUUACUAGUAAUGCGGAUCUGAUUAAGCUUGAUGGAUGUUUCUGUUGUUACUCUUGUGGCAAAGUUUCUCAAAUUCUUGGAUGUUGGAAGAAGCAGCUUAUGGUAGCUAAGGAAGCAAGACGGCGUGAUGUUCUGUGUUAUAGGAUAGAAUUGAGUUAUAGAAUGCUUGAUGGCACUAGUCGGUUUUGUGAAUUGCAUAAGAUUGUAUGCGAUGCUAAGUCUAAGCUGGAAGUUGAAGUCGGGCCUCUUGAUGAACCUGCUGCUAGAAACGAUAGGGGUAUUGUUAGUAGACUUUCUGUAGCAGGCGAGGUACAAGGGCUCUGCACCUCUGCAAUAACAGAGGCAGAGAAACUGUCAGUCAGUACAGCCAUAGAUUCAAUUCCUGCUGCGUGCAGGUUUCAUUUUGAAGAUAUUGCACAAACACAAGUGACUCUUCGAUUAGUUGAGCUACCUAGUGCUGCAGAAAAUGAUGUUAAGGGUUACAAGUUAUGGUGUUUCAAGAAAGGAGAGAAGCCUAAGGAUGAUUUAUUUAUUGAUUGCAGUAGAACUGAGAUAAGGAUGGUAAUAUCUGACCUUGCGCCUUGCACACAGUACACAUUCCGUGUUGUCUCUUACACAGAAGCUGGUAUAUAUGGCCAUUCCAACGCUACAUGCUUUACAAAGAGCGUUGAGAUAUUGCAAUCAGUGGGUAGUAAGGACAAGAGAAUAGCUGAUUUAGUAGGUAAUGAUCAGCCUUCAGAUAGAGAGGAGAAGAGUAGCAUUUCCUCGAGAUUCCAAAUCGCGCAACUUUCGAAGUAUGUGCAGCUGGCUGAAGCCCAGGAGGAAGGCUUGCUUGAGGCGUUUUACAAUGUAGAUAGUGAGAAAACCCGUGAGCCAGAGGUAGAAUUGCCAUCUCGACGGCCGCAUGAGUUUGAUCUAAAUGUAGUUUCAGUGCCAGACUUGAACGAGGAACUAACUCCUCCACCUGAUUCCUCUGGAGGUGAAGACAAUGGAGUGCCGUUAAAUUCAGUUGCUGAGGCUGAUGGUGAUGAUGAUAACUAUGAUGAUGCUGUGUCCAACGGUCAACGGAAGACGAACAACAACUGCUUGGUAAUAUCAGAUGGGAGUGGUGACGAUCCUGCGUUUGAUUUCCUUAUGACCAGGAAGAGGAAAGCUAUUUCUACCAGUAAUGACUCAGAGAACCAUGAAUGUGAUAGUUCGUCGAUUGAUGACACUCUUGAAAAAUGUGUGAAGGUGAUCAGGUGGCUGGAGCGUGAAGGCCACAUUGAUAAAAUAUUCAGGGUCAGGUUCUUGACAUGGUUCAGCCUGAGCUCAACCGUUCAGGAGCAGUCCGUUGUGAGUACAUUUGUGCAGACUCUAGAGGAUGAUCCAAGCAGCCUUGCUGGCCAGCUUCUUGAUGCAUUCGCUGAUGUUAUCUCAACCAAAAGGCCAAACAAUGGAGUAAUAAUCUCACACUAAUCAGCUUCCCAUUCAACCACAUUCUUUCUUAGUAUGAAUAAUAUGAUUAGACCAUAAUAGUCCACGAUUUCUCUACCGUGGAUUCGGAUUUCUAUCAUCAAUUUGGACCACAGGAUUGACCACAUUGCAAUCUCUUUGGAUUGGGUUUUAGAUUUAGGAUUUGACAUAAAAAAAAAAAAAAGACUUCCUUAUGGCAAGUACUUUUGCCUUUGUUCCUUGUAUCUGUUCAUAUCUAUAAAACUAAAGAGGUCAUGUGAGUUUUCUCUGUUGUGCACUUAGUAAGUCACUAUGACGGUAUGACCUGUUUGUUAUA